UCUUUCUUUUCGCCUUUCUCUCUCUCUCCGAAUAAAUUUUUCUAUAUAUGAAGGACAUUUAGCUUACUGUUGUGAUACAUAGCCCGGUUUUAAAGCAACGAGCAGAGGGAAUAAAAGCUCUUUUGGUUUUUUGGCCUCCAAUUGUUGCUUUCUUCUUGUGAUUUUUGCUACUUGUUGCAGGAGGAGCUUGGUUCUCUUUUCUUUAUCUUUGCUUUCUUUGGUUUUCUUUGUUGCUUUCUUCUCGGGGUUGAGGAGUGGUAGCUCUGAGCUUUGAUAUAUAAUUUUUGCUUGAAAGACAUGUCGAGCUGCAUCGAUGUUGCGCCUGAGCAACUCUGCUAUAUCCCCUGCAACUUUUGCAACAUAGUUCUUGCGUCAAAGAAAAGUCAUAAUGCAAAGACCAGAGAAAGAGAGAAAGAGAGAGGGAAGGAAGGGCUUAGAGAUAAUUACUCAUCUUUUGUUAUGUUGUUUUUGGUGAGCGUUCCAUGCAGCAGCCUGUUUGAUAUUGUGACCGUCCGAUGCGGGCACUGCACCAAUCUAUGGUCCGUGAACAUGGCAGCUGCAUUCCAGUCACUGUCAUGGCAAGAUGUUCAGGCACCCAAUUAUGCAACACAGGAUUACAGGACUGAGUUGGGUUCCUCUUCCAAAUGCAACAAGUUGUCAAUGCGAGCUCCUGCUAACAAUGUCACUGAAGAAAGGGUAGUGAAUCGACCUCCCGAGAAGAGGCCGCGAGUACCUUCUGCAUACAAUCAGUUCAUAAAGGAGGAGAUUCAAAGGAUCAAGGCCAACAACCCUGAUAUCAGCCACAGGGAAGCAUUCAGCACUGCUGCUAAGAAUUGGGCGCACUUCCCUCAUAUACAUUUUGGGCUGAUGCUGGAAACCAACAAUCAAAAUAAGCUGGAUGAUGCCUCUGAGAAACAUCUCAUGUCAAGGACUGCACUGCUGAACAAGUGAUUAUGUUUAAGGUUGAAGAACUUCUGGAGUGAAGGCUAUGGUUGAAGUAAAGAAAGUAUUGAUCCAAUGUGUUUUUGAGGACAUGAAUUUAUAUCCUUAGUUUUAUUUUGUCUUCUGUUGUUUAGAAUAUGCUAUUCACUUGAAGUGAGCUACUUGCUUUGUUGUCUUCAUCUCAUGAUCCACCUUUUAAGUGAACUUAUCAUAUAUAUAAUCGCUAAAAAUAAAUUCCACUUUGCUGUUUAUUAAU